UGUUUCAGAUUUGUGUGUGUAUAUUGUUAAUAAGUGGAAUUGGAUUAAGUCAUGAGGAAUCAUUAGAGCCUUCGACGCAGUCAUUUGGCUAUGCAUUAUCCCAGUCACAUAUAAUGCCUUUGUUGGCGUUGAAGGAACAGGCGGUUAAAACUCUGCGAAACUAUGUUCUGGUUUUAACAAAUCGUCUAUCGCAGAUCAAACUGUUCAUUAAUCAAUUGGAGGAGCUUUUAAAGUCCAAACGUUUUGUCAAUCCAUUCCUCACUUUCAAAGUACAUCGUAUGUUGUAUCUCGACUGUAAAAAAUGGCUUAAUGUUCUUAAGGAAAAACAAGGCUUAAAGGAAAUUGCCCAUUUACAAGGUCUGCGACACAAUAUGCCAACGAAAAUUGACUAUGAAGAGGCUAUUUUUGGCAUGAAUAGGCUGCAAUCAACCUACAAACUUGAUCCCGCUGAAAUGUCUGUUGGUUUCCUAAGAGGAAAACAAUAUAGAUGCAAAAAACUGAGCUAUUUGGAUUGCCUCACUAUAGGCUAUGGUGAUGAUUUGGAAAAGAAAUUCCAGAGUGCCGAACGUUGGUUUAAAUUGGCUUUGCAAAAAUACUACAGUGAGCCAAAAUCAAGAGCGCUUAAGAUAUUUGGAUGGUCCGAUGAUAUUAUUUUGAGACUGCUAAUGAAGGCGACUCAGAGCUCAGGUCGUUAUAAGGAUGCUUUGCAAUACGCCAAAAAAGGAUUAUCUUUAGGCUAUAGCCAAACUCAUUGGCAGGAUCAAGUUUCAAGGCUCAAAAACUUGAGUUCAAAACCAGAGGUUCUUAAGCCGGAAGAGCCAAAUCAAUUUCUUUUUAAGCCUGCUUGUCUAAUGGAAUAUCCAGCUAAGAGUAAUUUGCAUUGUCGUCUUCUCCGAUCAACGCCGUUUCUACAGUUGGCUCCCAUUAAAGCGGAGGAGCUAAGCCUCGAUCCAUCCAUCAACAUUUACCACAACCUCAUCGAUGAUAGGGAAAUCGCAUUGCUCAAGAACCUCUCAAAUCCCCAUUUAUCACGCAGCAAGUUCUACACCUACGAAGGAAAGGUAGUUGUAGAUUUCUCGAACCUCCGCACAUGCAAAACAAUGCGCUUAAAGGAUAAUGUCGAUCAUAAAUUGAUGAAGAACUUGAAUCAACGUAUUAUGGAUGCCACCGGAUUGAGUAUGGCAGAGUCCGAGGAGUUGCAGAUUAGUAAUUAUGGCAUUGGAGGACAUUUGUAUGAGCACGAGGACGCUUCAAGAUCCUCUGGUGGUUCAUUUUGGAAAUCGGGCCAUCGCAUUAUAACAGCAUUGUAUUACCUCAGCGAUGUGGAGCAGGGCGGUGAAACAGUAUUUCCUUUUGUAGGGAUACGAGUUCGUACUCAAAAAGGAUCGCUUUUGGUAUGGAACAAUCUGGUAUUGAAUGGAACCAGCGAUUGGCGGUCAGUUCAUAUAUCUUGCCCCAUUUUAAUGGGCGAUAAGUGGAUUGCAACCAAAUGGUUUAGGGAACACGCCCAAAUGUUUAUUCGUCCUUGCCCACUGAAGAUAAACGCACCACCCGAAUUUAAUCAAACUAAAAUUAAGAACAAGUUUUUUAAGGAGUGAGAAUAAAAAAUGUAUAAUAAUUAAAGACAAUUUGUAGUGACGUAAA